GCACUGUCAAACUAUUCAAAUUAAGCUUUUCUUUUACUACAGCUAUUCUAUCAUGCCUAUUGAUUUAGCAGCAAGAAAGCAUGUGCCGCAAUCACAGGUACAUUUGAACAAAAAUGAAUUUGAGAAGCAACUCCAAGAUUAUACUAAGUUAAUCGAGAAGCAUGACUGGAGACUCUAUGGGCCAUCCAAAUAUUUUGAAAAUUGCAAGCACACUGAACAAAACUGAGAAUAUGGAUACAUACAUAAAAAGAAA